UGUGAGCAGUGGGCAUUAAUUAGUUAUUGGGAUGGUCCUCCUAUAAAAGGGGCACACGCCCACUGCUCUGCUCUCACUCAGUACAAGCCAAGAUGAGCUACGGAUCUGAAGCCUUCUCCUCCUCCUCCUACCGAAGGAUUUUCGGGGAUUCUCCCCGUUAUGCAUCUCCAUCGCGGACAACCGCGACUGGGUCCUCCCGGGGAGGAGGAUACCGGUCCUCCUCUCUGUCCCGGACCAACGCUUCAUCCCAGGGCACGUACAGCAGAAAGUCCGGCCGCUCCUUCUCCUCCAUGCCGCUGGACACCUUCGACAUGACUCAAAGCAGCGUCCUCAACAAUGAGUUCAAAAUCGUCCGCACCAACGAAAAGGAGCAGAUGCAAGGCCUCAAUGACCGCUUUGCAAUGUUCAUCGAUAAAGUGCGCAACUUGGAGCAACAGAACAAAGUGCUGGAGACGGAGCUGGUCGUUUUGCGCCAGAAGCAGGCGGAGCCGUCCCGCCUGGCCGAGCUCUACCAGCAGGAGAUACGCGAACUGCGCUCCCAGCUCGAAGAACUGAACGGAGAGAAGUCCCAGCUGAUGAUCGAGAGGGACAACGUUGACGACGAACUGCAGAAAGUCAGGGGAAAAUACGAGGAGGAGUUCCGUGGCCGGGAGGAGGCGGAGGCCCUGCUCAAAGCUUUUAAGAAAGAUGUCGAUGAUGCCACCAUGGUGCGCCUGGACCUGGAGAAGAAGGUGGAAUCUCUCCUGGAUGAGAUCAACUUCCUCAGGAAGGUGCACGAGGAGGAGGUGGUCGAGCUGUCGGACAUGAUCCAGGCUGCCCAGGUGUCUGUGGAGAUGGAGGUGGCCAAACCGGACCUCACCUCCGCCCUCAAGGAGAUCCGCGGCCAGUACGAGUCCAUGGCGUCCAAGAACCUGCAGUCCGCCGAGGAGUGGUACAAGACCAAGUUCGCGGACCUGUCCGAUCAGGCCAACCGGAGCAACGAGACCAUCCGCAACAGCAGGGAGGAGAUGAACGAGUUCAGGAGGCAGCUGCAGUCCAAGACCAUCGAGAUAGAGAGUCUGAGGGGAACCAACGAGUCUCUGGAUAGGCAGCUGCGGGAGAUGGAGGAUAGGCACAAUGUGGAGAUUGGAACCUACCAGGAUAGCAUGAUGGAGCUGGAGAAUGAACUGAGGACCACUAAGGGCGAGAUGGCUCGUCACCUGAGGGAGUACCAGGAUCUGCUCAACGUCAAGAUGGCACUGGAUAUUGAAAUUGCAGCCUAUAGGAAACUCCUGGAAGGGGAGGAGACCCGCAUCGGGACGGGCAUCAGCUUUAGCAGCCCAGCCAUGGGUGCUGGCAUGGGGCAAGGCUACAACUACCAGUCCCGCAUCUACACCAGCUCUGGCAAGAGCUCCAAGAAGGAGGUCAAGGAGGAGGAGCAGCAGAGCAAAUCUGGAGGCAAGGUGACCCAGCGUGAAGUUUAUGAGGAGAUGAUGGCCAGCCCGAAGAAGAUGGAGAAGCAGCAAGACUCCAACGAUGCUCCCACCAUUCAGAAAAACUAA